AUGGCGACACGUCCAAAGGCGAGGCGUCUGCCGGCGGCCAUGGAGCUGUCGCCGAGACUGGCCGAAAAUGGCCGGCGCAAAGCCUCUUUCUUUGGCGUUGGUGGCCUCAAGCGACGCAUCCUCACAACCGAGUACGUCGCGCACCUGCGCAAGUCGACGCGGGCCUACCUUCAGCGCACGGCUGCGAACGACGCCCCGAUCUUCUGUGAGGUCUGCAAGGUGGCGUUUGCGUCCGAGCAAAAGCGACACUCGCACGUGUCCUUCUCCACCCUGCACGCACUCAACGUCAAGGAGGCGACGGCGCUCGAGAAGAAGACGACCAAGCUCGCCGCCCUCGACGACGAAUCGGAGCUGCCCGUGACACCGCGACUCUUGUACCACAGCUCCAAGCUCCUGCUCAAGACUAACACGAUGCUCGAGUGCUCGCUGUAUGCGCAGGCGCCGGCCGGGAAGCGGACGUACCAGCGCUACGUUCUGGUCUGCACCAACUUGGACCUGCAAAAGGCACUGCCGCCCAUCUAUGUGAAUGGCGAUCUCGUCGACGCGAUGAUGGUUGACGAGACGACCAAGUGCGCGACCGAAGUCAACGUGCUUUUGCAAACCACUGCGCGCAGCAGCGUCGGCGACUGGUUCAUGAAGCGCCUCGUGUAUGCGGCGGACCCACCGAGCGUCGCACUGCAGCGUCACCCGAGCGACAUGAGCCCGAUCCCGCUCGUAUCGGGGCCGCCGACUGUCGUUGGCGUCGAUAGCGGAUUGGUGCGCAGUAAGAAGCCCCGCCUCGUGAGCGCCAACACGUUUUUCCGGAAGCGCGACCAAGUGCAAAGUGAGAGUGCAGGCGCCGCUGUCGAGCGCCAAACGGCCACCGCGCACGCCGAGAAGGCCCAAAGCGCGCUCUCCGCCUACUACGGCUACAACACCCAGUCGCACCACCGUCCGCGCGCGCUGCCCGAGCUGGACGGGCUCGGUACAAUCACGUCGGCGCUCGAAACCAUGGUUGUCACACCACCGCCAUAA